AUGGAUAACUAUUAUCACCCAGCAUCUCUGGGUCAUUACUCUGCGCCCAGGAAUAUUCCUCAGCAUCGCCUCGCGCCGUCCCGGAGUAACUUGUCUUUACAAGCUACAAUACGGCAUACAGCUCACCAGGGGCCUGCAUAUACCAGCAAAACGUGGACGAACAGCAGCGGCGAUCACAACAUUCUUAAUGAUACUGAUGAAUUGGAUGAUAGGGCAGGUUUUGUCCAGGAAUACAACCGUUUGGCAAAAAAGAAUGGAGUGAGAAUAUUGGUGAUUGAUGACUUUGACUUUCGAGCCAAAGGACUUGACAGUCCUCGGAAGCAAGGAUGGCUUUACCGCAUACUACGAUACUCCUCGAAUCAAAACGGGCCGGACACAUUACCGCCAACUCAAGGACCUCGUCACAAACGCAGCGUAUCAGAUCUUGCCCACAAUUUAGUACAUCGGCGCGAAACUCCAAAGAUGAUCGAUCUUCAGUCCAUGAUACGGAUAAGCGGCAAGAGUAUGUUCUAUCUCCCAGUUGAACACGCACCGUCUGCCCUCAUACUUCCUACCUGUCUUCGAGCUACUGCACAUCACAUCGCUCAGCAUGUCACUACUCGAGGGAUAUUUCGUAUACCAGGGUCCAUCCGAGUAGUCAACAUGCUUUUCGACUAUUACUGCUCCACGGAAUACGGCCAAGUCGACAUUACGAGUACCACUGUUCGAUGCGCAAACUUGCCUAUGCACAUUCAGGCUUCUGUACAUGAUGUCGCAUCAACCUUUAAGCGGCUUCUCUCGGUAAUUCCUGGUGGGAUACUCGGCUCCCUAUCUCUUUUCGACGCUUUCGUUGCAAUCCAUUCCCAACUGCAAGGUGACCCUGAGUUCCCUCGUACCAAGCACACCAAAGUACGGGCCCGACUCAUUGCCUUGGCUAUCGCAACUGUAGAGUCGCAGUUCCGAAGGGAAUUGAUUUGCGCCGUUUUUGGACUUCUCAGCCUCAUUGGGAGAGUAGCAGAGAUCACCCCUCGGGAAGACGAAGAAGGAAGACCACUACCAACUGGAGAUUUGAUGGGUUACAAUGCACUGGGUAUAGUCUUUGGGCCUCUCCUCCUAGGCGACUUACUCGGGCUUUACUCCAUGAAAUUGGCCACACCCAAGGCAGGCUUACUGGUGCUCCCAUUGAGAUCUCCAAAGUCGCGACAAGAUCGACGUGUACGGAAGACACUUGAUGAACUACCAGGCCCUCCCACAAUGGACAAGAUUCUCGUCGCCAAUGCCAUCACAGAAAUGCUCAUAGUCAAUUGGAGAGACAUUGUGCGUCAGAUGAAAUCCCUGGGCAUGAAUCGACAACACGAGCCACGGACCAUGAGCCCCAUGAUUAAUUCCCAGGAGAACAAGUUCGUUAUCAAAAAGCCACAAGGUUGGGAUCGGGAAUGGCGUGACCAGGCGGGAGAUGAGAUCACGAGAGAAAGCAGCCCGGAGCCACCUACACCUACCCUGGGGAUGACGAAACACCGAUCGAAGAACCGUGGGAGCUCGACAUCCCGAAAGCUUGGGAUAAGACCCAGUGUAGGGUGUCUGAGUCCAACAGUGGAGGAGAGCAUUCACGAUGAAGAGGGCCUGCAGGGUGCCCAAAACUACAAGAGAUAUAGCGUCGCCGGGGGGAGUUAUGGCCUUCAGAUGACUCCGAGGGAUAGGCAAGAUUUUCACAACGACUUGACAUACUCCGGUCACAACCGCAGUGUUGAACCAGGGAAAGACAGUGAGUCCUACAUCGCCUCGACACCUACCUCAGUCAUGAGAAACAACAGAGCCAUAUACCACCAUAGCCCAAGGGUUUCAGAGGAAGACGUUCCGCCUCGCACAUCUUCCAAGCGAUCAAUCCCUUUGCAUCGAGCCAGUGUCGACGCGCAAGACAUGUUGGGGGUAACAACCACUGCAGACCCCGUAUCCAUUGAACGCAAGGGUGCGAUUAGAAAGAAGCAUCCAGGAAAAGGCAACCCCGAAAAGACACACCGUCAUUCCAUUACGGUUGAUUGGCCAGAGUCUGUUGCGAGGUCUUCCGAUACUUUGACAGACAUACUUUCCCAAACGACCCAGCUUGAGUUUCCUUCCGAGAAGGAAGCGUUAGAAGCCGUCCUCAAAGCGCAUUUCGAUGAGCUCAGAGAAUUGGACUCUUCGGAACAGAACAAGCAUCCAUCGAUCAAUACUGGCAGCAAUCAUAAUACACCAGCAUCAACCCUCGGCCUGGGACCUGAUAUACAACAAAAUCCUCUGGACAAACCGGACGGGGAAAAUGAGUAUACUAUCAGUUGGGGUGGUCAGAAAGGGACUCAUAACAACUCCUCGGCAAAUUCUGCUUCAACAACACCAAGACAAUUUUACGCGCCUAUGCGGGUGCCAUCAACAAUUGCAGGAGAGAAUCUCCCGAUGAAGCCACAAUCCCCCGAGAGCCACCAAGUCCCUUCUGGCGCAUCAGGAGGGUCACAGACGAAAAGCGGAAUUCAACAAACCCCAGAGUCUAAAGAAAGCAACAUACAGAACCACCAAACUCCUGAGACUUUUGCACGUCGGUCCGCUAGUCGGGUUGUGUCCAUGCCGGCAGAAACGCCCAAAACUGAGUCUCUUUACGACGAAUCAACCCCAUGGUUUUCCAUACCCAAGAGAAACCAAGGAGUGUUGAAGCGACCAAGCAUAUCACCAACUGAAAACCGCCGAGGGGUCAGGGCGUUGGCUGCCAAGUUCGAAGGUGGUAGAUCGAUUGAAAGGUCUCCGACACCGCCAAGUAGCGCCAGUAAAACUCAAGCUCUCAUCUCUCAGUUCUCCCAAAAAUCACCAACGAGGAGCGUACGGUCUCAAUCAGUCUCGGUCUCGGGUCGACACAGCAUGCCGCAUGAUCCAGUAAAUCAGAAGGUGAACUCUCGCAACCCGUCAGCCACUACAAAUACAGUUGACGAUGUGAUCAGUGGACAAGAUUUGCGAGUCUCCAUUGGGGAAGAAGCAGCGAUAAAGGCAAUUGAAAUCCAGCAGGCAGACAAGGAGAGAAAGCUUUCGCAAAGCUUUCAGGGACAACCGGAAGUCUUGACUCUACGGCAAACAAUGCCACGAAGAAAACCAGUCCCAGCAGAAAACGGUAUAGAACCGUCACUCAAGAAUCCUGGAAGCCUUGGUACAAUGAUGCCGUAUCCCGAACAGCCCCCUAUUGCCCAGCAUCUCAAUUUUGUGCGACCGCCUUCUGCAAUCAAUACCCAAGACACUGAUGCACUGAUGGUUCCUUACAACACUGCAAAUCCUAUUCAACGCCCUGGAAGUACCACCACUCUCCAUACACAGAUUCGAAGACUUCAGCGGCGAUUAGACCUCAAGACGGAAGAAGCAAAUCAAUUAAGAAGGCAGCUUGAUGUACAAGAAGACGCGGAUAUUGGUACAUUGAGUCAACAACUACGAGAAGCCAAGAGAGAGGCACAGAUGUGGAAGGAGAGAGCCGAAAGCGCAGAGCGGAGGAUCAAAGUAUUUGAACGAUUCAUAGCACGACUGAAAGGAAUACAAGUGGCCGGAGGAGCUGCCGACGGACAGGUCGCCACAGGAAAAACGCUUGCUGGAUCAAAGUAUUUGGAGCAUGCAGAAAAAGACAACGCUGCGUUCUUGGAGAAUGCCGAUCGAUAUGAGAGUGACAGUUCAGGAUCGGAAGACUGUAGGAUUGUUUCUACGCGGAUACAGAGAUGUCUCGACGGCUUGACCGAUGGCCCGGAGAAUACCUUGCAGGCUCACACGACAGAACGAGAUAUCAGCCCGGGCGAUGCUGAAACUUGGAUGGCGGCGCAGAAGUUACUGGACAACGAGGCUCAGGUGCAAUUGGACGGUGGCUGA